AGUUGAAGUCUCCAUGUGCAUGCAGCCGGCUGCGAGCGACCUGGGGAAAACUGGCAGCCGCCGCGUUACUGCUCGGAAAACGCAGCCUCCGAGCAUCGCUCUUUGUUCUACCCCAGUGAAGAUGCACGUCAGCGGAGCCACUUGGUAACUGGAGCUUUCGCUUGGCCGGCGCUGUGUUUCUUUUGACUUGCUUCUUUCGUACUGCCAUGUCAUCUCCAGGAGCCACCGAGAAUACUCAGAAGAAUUCACCUGAGCUAGAUGCUGAACAUGCACAGAAGGUUCUGGAUAUGGAGCACACCCAGCAGAUGAAGCUAAAGGAACGUCAGAAGUUCUUUGAAGAAGCCUUCCAGCAGGACAUGGAGCAAUACCUUUCUACAGGAUACUUGCAGAUAGCAGAGAGGCGAGAACCGAUCGGAAGUAUGUCUUCCAUGGAGGUGAACGUGGACAUGCUGGAGCAGAUGGACCUGAUGGACAUGUCUGACCAAGAAGCACUCGAUGUCUUUUUAAACUCAGGAGGCGAAGACAAUAACAUGCUUUCUCCUAUGCUGGGGCCUGACUCCAACACCUAUGUGAGCGAGAUCAGUCUCCAGGUGCCGAGCCAGUCGGAAUUACGACAGAAACUGUCUUCGCUGUCGUCAACCUGCACCGAUUCCGCCAGCCAGGACGCAAGCGAGGGAGAGUCUCCGGUCGUCCAGUCUGAUGAAGAGGAGGUUCAAGUGGACACUGCUCUCGCUGCUGUAACUGAAAGAAAGGCGCCUUCAGAUGUUAGUGACGAAAGUGACUCUCAAACGAUUUGAAUCUUAAAACCAUAUCCUUUAAGAAUGACUUCUGAAUGAAUGAACAAGUGAAUGAAGAGCUUGCCUGUGUAACAGUUUGCUAACCAAGCGUUAACAGUCAGAUCUUUCUACUUAGUAAUACUGCCUUUUUACAGAAUUGCCAGUCAUGUCGAGGUUGGUUUUUAAAAAAGACAAAACAAAAAAAAAUGCCUAAAGCACACACACUUUACCAGUAGUCUUGGGGCUCAGGGGAGCAGUAAAACUGUUGUAUAUACUAUGUAUAAGAGAAUUAAAGGGGAAAAGAUACAAGUUAUUUGACCACUAACCUUUAAAUGGCUGAUGGGUAAUACGUAGAUUUGAUGUGUAAUACUGAACCCAGAUUGUUCCUUGCAUGUUUUCAGCUGCUGCAAAUGAAGAUUUAAGAUCCAAACCAAAAUGAAAAGUUAUUUUCUACUCUUUCCUACCUACUGUCUGCCUACUGCCUUUGUCUACUACUGCAGCAGCAUCUACUCUCUCACACUUCUUAUCCAGGACCAACUUAGUUGUCAUAGAUGUUAAAAAAAAAAAAAAAAAAAUGAAAAGGAGGAGAUGCAUACCGAAAUGUUACACUCCUCGUGGAGCAGGUAUCUUAGCAUUGUAUAAACUUACUCCUCUUUCAAGAUAAAAUAAAGUAUUUCUAUCCCAAA